UUUGGUUGUAAUCAUGUUUAAAAACUUGAAACAGAAAGUAUCUACUGAUCAAAAAGUUCGAACUCCACAGUCUGCCAAUCGGGGUGAUGCUUCAAGCACACCCACUGGUCGUACUGGAACAUCUAGAUUGCCACGACCAUCCAAUUCAGCGCCACCCAGGCGAUCCAAUUCUGAGAGUUUGAAUGGUGCCAAUGGUGCAGCUACUAAACAAAAUAAUGAAUCCAUGGAAUCACCAGAUAUUGUACAACAGGUGGGAAAUAUAUCAGGUGAUGUUUCUCCUAAUCCUUCAAAUCAUGGAGAAACGGAUCAAGCACAAAAAAGUGCUCAGAUAGCUACUGAAGCUGAGAAAAAAGUUCCAUUUUUCAAGAGACUAGAAUUUUUGACUCCUCUUAAAGAUCAAGUUGCAAAUAAACUUUCGGAAAGUAAGGAAUCAAUCAGUUCUCUCGUUGACGAAGUUCGUGGCAAUGUAACAGGUUCUUCCAAUGAACGAUCUAAACCGGAUAUUGUUGCACAAACUAACGAUCGUCGGCGAAGUGAUUCCAUUUCAGAUACAGAAGAAAUAUCAAUGAAUCGGAAUGCUAUUGAUGUAAGUGCAAUUCCCAAAGAACAACUAUUUGCAAAAGUAAUGAGACUGGAGAAAACUCUUCUUAAAUAUAGAGAAAGAUAUGCAGAACUUGCUUCUAGUUUUCGUGAGGCGAAACAAGAAAGAGAAAAGUUGCAAUCAGUUAUGCAACAGACCCAAGAUAAAAAUCUACGCAGAAUUCAGGAACUCAAAGAAGCCGCAGCGUUGGAUUUGAAAGCCAAAAUGCAUCUCGAAGAGGAGUUUCGAGUUUCUCUGGAAGAAAAAGAUCAAAUGAUACAAGUGCUUCAUACUCAAGUUGCAAUUCUUAAAGAUGAUCCGCAGAAGUCUCCACCACCAGUACAAACUGAAACUGCUCAAGGCCAGGGAGAUGAUUCAAAGCUUCAAAAAAGGGUCAAAACCUUAGAAGAACAACUCAAAUUUGCUAAAGAUACUUGUGAAGGUCUAAGAAGCCAAGGUGAUGCUUUACAAGAACAACUUAGUGAGCGAUUAGAAGAAUUAGAAAACCUGAAAGAUUCGAACGUUGCGGAAAAGUCGAAACUUAUCAAACAAUUGCGUGAAGCAAAAAACGUCAUUGAGAAAAUUGAAGAGGACAAAGUCACUGCUGUUGCAGAGGCCAAACGACAAAUGCAUGAGAUUCUUGAAGGUAAAGAUAUCGAAGUAGAAUCCUUACAUCAACAAGUCAAGAAACUACAAAUUGAUCUUGAUGAAUUUAAAAUGAAGAAAGAGCAACGGGAAAAUUCUUUGUUGGAGGAACUUCAAAAGGCAGUUACUAUUGGUAGAACAGCAGAAGCUCAAAGAGCUGAUGCUUUAUUGAAAACUGAAACUAUACAGAAAGAAAUGGAAGGCAGAAUUACAAAGAUUGAAGAAGAAUUUGAUGCGGAAAGAAAAACAUAUGUUUCUGAGGUUUCACAUGCAAAAGCUGAUAGUCUUGAUAUUAAUGAGAAACUUGAAAAUGUAAUGAAAAAACACAAAAGUGAUUUAGAGGCUCAUACAAAAAUGCAUGAAGUUGCAUUGCAAGAACAAGCAAAGAAAUAUAAACUGGAAUUGGAUGAAAAAGAGAAUCAAAUGAGAUUAGCAAUUGAGGAGAGAGAGCUGAAUAAAAUGGCUGCAGUCUCACAACAAGACACUGAAGCUCAGAAUUUGUUGAAACAACUAGAUACAGAGUUGGAGAAUGUUCGUCAAAAAGUGGAAGAGCUUGAAAAGGCAAGAGUGGAUGAGGCCAACAAACAUGAAGAGGAAAUUACCAUUCUAAAAGACAAUUUUCAAAAGGCGAGUGAAGAACAUAAAUUCGAACUUGACAGCCUUAAAAAAUAUCAUGAUGAUCAUAUGACUUCGAAGGCUCAAGAGUUUUUAGAAAAAUUCACAAAUCAAAAGAAAAAGUUUGAAAACAAACUUCAAACAAAAGAAUUGACAUGGACUGAAAAGUUAGCAGAAGCUGAGAAAUCAUACUUACAAGAAGUUGACGAUUUGAAAACACAAGUAAAUGAACAAGGUAAAGAGAGGAACGAACUUUUUCAGCAACAAGCAGAGAAGGUUUCCCAACUCGAAAAAGAAGUCACUACGUUGAAUUGUGAUAGGGAAGCCUUAAGUAUCAAAUUUUCGCAAAUAGAAUCUAAACUUUUUGAAAGAGAUACACAAUUGAAGGAUUCUUUAAACGAAUUAGAAGAAAUCAAAAACAGUGCAACAAAAGAAAAAGAAGAUUUGAAUUCGAAUAUUGAAGCAAAAGAAAACAUAAUUAAAGAACUAAACAAUAAAAUGGAAAACUUGCAGCAGGACUUUUCACAGAAAGAACAAGAAAGCUUACAGCAGAAUGAAGUUUCUCAUGGAGAACUUGAAACGUUGCAGGAAAAUCUGGAAAAUUUACAAUCUCAGAAACAGGAACUUGAACAAGCUUGCAAUGCUGCUGAAGAGAAAUUGAAACAAAGAGAACAGACAAUGAAAAAACAUGUCUUGGAUAUGGAGGAAAGCCAUAAAUCUGCAAUCGGUGAUUUAUCAUCACAGUUAGAUAAAGAAAAACAGGAAUCUGUGGUGAAAAUUGCUACUUUAGAAAAAGAGAAAUUGGAUCUUCAGAAAUUACAAGAAGAAACAAAUAAGAAAUUUCUUGAAGCUGGUGGAAGAUUAAAAGCACUUGCCCAAAAAUUUAAAGCCACUGUUAAAGAAAACCAGACGACUGUGACAGAGAAAGAAUCUAUGAUUGAGAAGUCUAAAACAGAAUUAAAUGAAAUCAAAAUAAAAUUAGAACAACUGGAAGGACAAAAUAGAAAAAUGGUUGAAAAUCAUGAAAUGCGAUUGAAAGCAAUGGAGUCUGAAUGGGAAAACAAACUGAAAAAUGAAUUAGAAGGCUUGAAGGAGAAAUCUGAAAAAGAAUAUGAUGCGUUAAAAGAAUCAAUGAUAAACACUCACAAUCAAGAUUUAGAAUCAUUGAGGAAUAGUUUGAACAAUGCUUUUGAUGAGAACAAAAGUCAUUUAGUGGAAGAAUUAACGAACAAAUUCAAUACUGAAAAACAAGAAUUAUUAACUGAACAGAGGAAGAAACUUGACACUGAAAUGAGGAAUUUAGAGAUGAGGCUGCAAAGCGAAACAUCUGAUGCCACUGACAAAGAAAAAUCUCUUCUACAGUCCCUUCAAGAAUGCCAUGAAAAAAUUACUGAUCUCGAAAACGAGCAAUCACAGAAAUGUAAAGAACUUUCUGAAGCCCAUGAGAAUUUGGCAUGUCUCCAAGCAGAUUACAAAACAAGUACUGAAAAGUUUCAGAGUAAUGAGAUUGAAGUAACGAAUCUAAAACAGAAAGUAGAUGCUGCUGAAGCUGAGCUUUCCCAAUUUAGAAAGUUAAACUUGGAUAAAGAAUCUAAAGUUGAACAAUUGAUGAAGAAUCUUGAUAUAUCUAAUGAUAACUUAAAUCAGUUACAAAGUGAAAUAAAAAAUCUUCAACAGCAAUUAGAAGACAAAUCUAAUGAAGAAAAGAAAGUUGCUACUGAAUUGGAUGCCAAGAUUUCAGAAUUUAAUAAACUGACGGAAAAUUUCAGUGCUCAGUCUAUUCAGUUAAAAGAAGCUCAUGCCAAAAUUUCAGAAAAUGACAAGUUUUUAGAAAGCUUAAAAUCAGAAAAUAAAGUACAUUCAGGUAAAUUUGAAGCUCUGACGAAAGAGCAUGCUGCUGCUUUGGAAAAGCAGAAUAGUGAUUGGCAAACAAAAUAUACUGAAUUGAAAUCUAAAGCCGAACAAAAAAUAGCACAACAACACUCUCAUCUCAAAAAUGCCAAAGCUGAAUUAACAUCACAGCUAGAAACAAUCCACAAACUUGGUGAGGAGAAGGCCUCUGCUGAAAAAAAUAUUCAACACCUUACUGACAGUGCAAAGCUUGUACAAGAAAAUUUAACCCUUUUGGAACAAAAGCUUCAAGAGACUGAAAGUAAACUUAUUGAACAGCAAAAAUUUUCUGAGAAAGUUAAAAAGGAUGCAGAAAUUGCAGAACAUUCGAAAAAAGACAUUGUGGAUGAUUUGCAACUACAAAUAAAAAACAUUAUGGAAUCUUCUAAAAAACAAAGUCGAAAUUAUGAUGAAAUGAUAAAGAAAUUGGAAAAAGAUGUAAAUGAAAAGAAUGAAAAAAUUAUGGAAUUUGAAAAAGAAAUUGAGAGUUCGAAUUUGAAGCUUUCGGAUGUCAAUUCUUCAUUUGAUGGUUCACAAGUUCAGUUGAAGGAGAGAGAUUCAACAAUUUCUGAUUUAAAUGAAAAGCUGGAAAACAUGAAAUUAGAAAUUGAAACUAAAACUGAAGACCUUGAAAACUGGAAAAAAGAAAAAUUGGAAAACGAUUCUUCAAUGAAACUAACGCAAGCGGAAAACAACGAAAUGGCAAAAUCUUUAGAAAAAGUCAAAAAAGAACUUGCAGAAAAGGAUGCCAUUGUUGUUGAGAAAACAAUACAGUUGGAAAAAGAAUCUAAAGAACAACUAGAAGCUCAAACUACGAAAUUAAACCAAGAACAUCAAAAGAAAAUGGCAGAUUUGAAAAAGAAAGCUGAAGUUAGACUGGCUCAAAUUAAAAAUACUUUUACUUCCCAAUUAGAAGAAAAACUGAAAUUAAUUUCUCAGUUAGAAGAUGACAAGAGUUCUUUGGAAGAGCAAAUGGUGCAAGCCCUAGAAGAAGCUAAUAAAACCAAAGAAACUGCUAUUACUGAGAACAAAACAUUGUUGACUGAAUUUGAAAGCUUGAAAAAACAAUUUGAACAAUUACAAAGUGAAAAACAAGAAAUGCUUUCGGCAUGGGAAAAAGAAAAAUUGGAAAUUGAAGCUAGAAUCAAAGAGGAAUCUGAUAAAAAUAUUGUCAAUAUGAUUGAGGAAGAAAAAUUAAAGUACGAGGAUGAACAAGCUCAACUUGCCGAAGUGAAAGAUCGACUUGAACAAGUACUUCAAGAGGCAAAGCUAAAAUUGCAAGAAACAGAAAAGAAAAUGGAUGAAGAAAAAGAUCGAUCGGAAAUGGCACUACAGGAAGAAAAAGAAAGGAGAUUGCAGAGUGAAACACAAUUGUUGGUAGCAAAAGAAGAUUUUGCAAACGAAACAGAGAAUUUGAAAAAUAAACAAAACGAAUCAGAUGCUAAAAUUCUUUUCCUUGAAGAAAGUUUAAAGAAUAAGCAAGAGACUAUUGACAGCACGGAAAGAGAAAAUUUGAAUAUGAUAUCAGCUCUUGAAGCCCAAUUAGAUGCUGCUAGAAAAAGAAGUGAAAAGUUGGAGAAUGAUAGAGAAACUGUAAAGCAAAAUUUAAAUGAUACAAUUGAAGAUUAUGAGAGGAAAAUGCAGUCAUUACGAGAUGAAAUCAGUUCAUCGCAAAAACAAAUGGAGGUUUUGUCUAAAACUGCCGUUGAAGAUAAAGAUGUGGAAGUUGAAAGAAAAUUAGGAAACUUAAAAGAGGAUUUUGAAAGAAGGUUGCGUGAGAAAGAUGAAGAAACAACAAAGAAGAUCAAGAAAAUGAUGACUGAAUAUGAAACGCAAAUUCAGAAAAAUAACGAGAGUUUCGACUUAAAACUUGAAAAAAUGAAGAAAAAAAAUUUAUCAUUUGAAGAUUCAGUGCGAUCUGAUCAUCACAAGGAACUAGUUUUUCUGCAAAGAGAAAUUCAAGGAAAAGAAGAGAAAAUGGAAGAAGUUGUCGAAAAGUACGAGUCAGAAAUGCAUGAAAUGGAAAAAAAUAUGUCCGAACAAGUUGAUAAAGCCAUGUAUCGUGCUAUGACUGCUGAAAAAAAAUUACAAAGUGCAGACAUGGAGCAAGAAAAUGAAAAUUUGAAAAAACAACUAGCGGAAGUGAAUAAAAUUCUUGCUGAUACGCAACAGAGGGAACGUGAAAAUGAAACGAUGCUUCAGUCGUUCCAAGCAAGAGUGUCACUUGCCACACCUCUCGCCGAUCCAGAUAAACUUGAAUAUCUAAGGAGGAUUUUGUAUGAAUAUAUUAUGGGAAAUGAAUGUGGGACUAUGGCAAAAGUUUUAAUACUUCUACUGCAAUUUAAUGAACUUGAAUCACAACAAAUUCUCGAAAAACAUGGCUUAGCACAGAAAUAACGCUAUAGAUUGGGGUACAAGACUUUAAGAAUUUUCGUGAAUGUGUCUCACUGUUUUUAUCAUAUAAUAUAUAUACCGUACUUCAUAUAUGUUUUUUUUUUUGAUACAUUCAGGUAUGGACCACUAACUAUUUUAUCACAAAAUUUAUUUACUUUGUGAAAUAAAUCGCAUUCAUUGAACAAAAUUGUCUUUGCUAAAAUAUGUGUUUAUAAAUUGAAAGCAAAUCUAUAAUAUUAUUCGAAAAUUCCAAAACUGAUUAUUUCUCGCGUUUUAUAGUUUAAUGAAACAUGUUUCAAUACUAUUCUGCAAUAUACCUAUACGGUGCUAUUUAGGUUGCUUGGUAAAAAGUAUUGUUUUGGUACAACUACCAUAUUGUUUGGUAUAUUGCAUUUUCACACUUGUGCUCAUGUUAUUCUUUUCAUACCUGAAUUUGGAUUUCUUGUUAUAUCGAUUUUUAUUUCAUAAGCAUUAUUAAUAUGUGUGAUGUUCAUGUCCCAUGAUAUUUCAUUUGCUAAGUGCAAUAUUUGGAAAUUAUAAGCACAGUUGGUUGCGUUAUUUUAGAUUUAAAGCAAUUUUCAAUGAUUCAUUCUUGUUGCAAGUUACGGUAGCUUUGGAGAUGCUAGCCUAAUUUAUUAUUCUUAUUUUGAGUCUUUAUAACAGGGGUCAUUCAUUUUGAUGUUUCAAACAAAGACGCUUUGGGAAUAUAUUUAUAUGCCAGCUGGGGUUUCGAUUUUCUUGUAUUUCUAAAGAUACAUAAAUUGGAAUUGUUUUACUGUGUACAAAUUAUGAAUAUGUUUGAGUACUAUUCAAAUAUUGCUCCUAAUUUCUGUUUAGUUAAGAAUUUCUCAUGAAUUUGAGAACCGUUUUUUUUCAAAUAAAAAAAAUUAAUCAUAUUUUAAAAGAUACUGUUUCCACAUGCCUUAACUUAAACCUAUUUUUAAGUGGCUUUGUAACUCGUCUAUAGAUGCUAUAUAAAGGGUGCUUUAAAAAACAGAACCCAGAUCGUUUGCAACUUGUUCUAGAGCAGUGGUUUUCAAACUUUUUGAGCCGCGCCCCUUUUUCAGAAUUUGUCAAGUCUCGUGCCCCAUCUCAAAAAUAUAACUAGCUAAGAAGGCUACAAAUAAAAUAACAAAUAGUAAGGCAAAAUUUUAUUCGAAAAACAUGUUGAAAAUACAUAGAUGGAACGUAAAUAGUUGAAUAAAUGGAAAGUUUUAAAAAACAAAUAAGGCGCGCAAGAUCAAAUCGAUCAAUUAUUUUUAAUUAGCUUCACACCCCCUCGAAAAAUUGUUUACGUCCCCCUUGUGGGGCGCGCCUCACCACUUGAGAACCACUGUUCUACAGAGAACAUAACUUUGUGCAAAGCAUCUUAGAGUGUUCAAGAAAUUUAUGAGUUGUAUUGUACUCAUUGUAUUUUCGUCAAAAAUGCAGUAUUGCCCAAUCCCUUGGCAUAGUCUUCAUUACUGAGAAAAUGUGCAAAUUUAGUUGAAAAUUUCACUUGAAAUUCCCUAAUUUGACAUAUUGUUGGAUUUUAUCUUUGGUAUUGUAAAAUAUUUAUAACAUAGCAUUGAUCAAUAGAAAUACUUGAAUACUUGAUUGUGUUUUAUUCAAGUGGGAUUAAAACAGAUAAUGUUUCAAUACGUUUUGAAGCCACUUCACAGGUUUUUACAACCACACGCUUGUUUUGUUAUUAUCUGAGUAUUUAAACAAAUGCUUCAUGUUAUAUUAUAUACCGUAUCUAAUAUACAGGGUUUUCAUAAAGUCUGAAAAAUUUUGAAAUUGAAUAGGGAAUUCAUCAAUACCAUAUAUAGUUUGUAUUGGUAAAAAACUCAAACCCUGAUUAAAAUCAAACAAACCUUGUUAAGAUAUAUUUCAUAACAAAAUUGUAAUUGGACUUUAUGAACACCCUAUAUAUUCAAACAAGAUUUCCAAUUGCCAGUAAAACGGAAAACUUAUCCUUGCCCUACUUCUAUUCCCAUGCACAGCCAGAACUGGUAAACUGAUGAGAAGGACAUGAAUUCAACCAUACUUUUGUGCCAAUCCGUCCAUUAAAUUUUAUAAAUUUACCAUUGCCUUUUUAGUAAUAGUGCUUUAGUGUAUUCGCGUUUCGUUAAUAUAUCAGUUUUUGUUGGUCUGCUCAUUAUAGAUCGUGAAUUCAGAAAAAUUUUAGUCAAUUGCAAUUUAAACCUUAUUCAAUACUGCAUUGCUAAAAGUGUCAUUUUUCAUGAAAUUUAUUUUUCAUAUCUUUAAAAAAGUUGUGUUUUAUAAUUUUUUCUCAUUGAUAAUAGAAAUGCACAGCUUACUGAAUUUAUUGCACUUUUGAGAAAAGUGUUGGAAGUGAGACUUGAACCUGGUAUCUCUAACCUAUAUCGCCAACUUGGUUAUGUCUGUAAUUCCAAUAUAGUAGGCCAUCAUGACCUCUAUGUAUAUGUCAAAUUCAGUGUUUGUGCAAUUUCACGCUAUAUAUUUCUUUUACAUUUUAUCAACAUACAUAUUAUAUAAAUUGUACAUAAAUAAUUUUUCCAUAUAUUUUAUGUUGUAGUACCAUCUUUAUCACUAACAUCUGGAAAUAUAGUUUAUAUUCAAGACUUCUGCUUUAUAAUUUGAAUUUUUUUUAAACCUUGAAUGUCACGUUAGAUCAUGUUACUAUUUUUCGUACUGUCUGUUGAAUAUAUUUAGUAGCUAGAGAUUUCAAAUUUUUUCUAGUAUAUACCCAAUAGUUUGAAUGUUAGCUAUUCUAAAUGCAAGUUUUAUAGAUUAGUCCAGAGAUUCCCAAACUUUUCAAACUUCAUACAUUUACUUUCUAUAUUACAUGUUUUUCUAUAUGACAUGUUGGAAGUAAUAUUUGACAUUUCAAUUUUGACGAGGAGGAUUUUCAUAAUAUAUGCACAUUGAAUCAAUGCGAUAUAUGGGGUUGUUUUUGUACAUAUAAACAAUCACAUAUCAGUCGAAUAUUUGGCAUUUUUUCACUGUUGAUUUGAGUGUAACAGAUUCUAUCAUUUUGUGUCAAGUUUAGGAAAUUUUUUAGAAAAUGAUUUUAUAUUUCGACUCACACUCAAAAUUAUGUCGCACUAAUGUGUGACACACAGUUUGGGAACCACUGGCAUAAUCCAAGCAGUUGGUUAUGUAUUUAGUAAACACAUUCAUUUUCUGUUUUCAUUUUCUGUCUCCUGCUAUAUUCUUUGCAUAUAUUUGAGAUUUGCAUUGUUUGGAAUUUUCAAUCUAAAUUUUGAAUUUAGCAUUUGUCCUCUAGUUUAAUAUCUGUCAUCUCUAUCUUUUGCUGUACUGAAAUUUCAUUUUAAAUCAUGAUCUAACGAUUAUGUGCUAGUGUUGCUAAUUCAUGCAAAUGAUAUAUGGUUUAUCAUUGGCUUUUCUUUGAUUGGAUAUUGUUUCAUAGAUGUUAUAUAUUCAAUUUAUUUUAAAUCAUACAUCCUUAUGUGCCUUGUUAUAAUAUUUACAG